AUGGCGGACGAGGACCUAGAAUUUCAUGUUAUUUUCCCACCUGCGCUUUCUCCCGAAGAGAGGCCCAAAGCGGAAGAUAGCAUCUACCUGGACGACAACAAGGAACCUGUCGUAAUACUACUGGGAUGGACAGGCUGUCAGAACAAACAUCUUGCGAAAUACAGCGCAAUUUAUCAACAGCGACGACUGACAACAAUUCGCUACACACUACCGAUAGAAAAUGAGUUUUUGCGACAACAUAAAGUCAAGGAGAUUGCUGUUAAACUUCUGGAAUUGUUGGUUGAUCUCGGACUAGAGAAUAACAUUAUAUUCUUCCAUGUAUUCAGCAACGCUGGUGUGUUUCUUUAUCACAGCAUAACUGAGGUUCUUAAUUCUCCUAUUGAGCUUCAUGAUUCGUCACACACAGAUCAGACAUUUAACCGGCUGGUGGCAGGCAUGCAAGUCGGCGGGGUUGUUUUUGAUAGUUCUCCUACCACAGCAACCUCCUUGACCGCUGGCAAGUUGAUUGCAUCUGGGGCACCAUAUAACACGUUUAUAAGAUACACAUUCGCGUUCUUUUACGCGAUAGGGAUGUGGUUUUUGGUGUUAUUGGCAUUCUGCAUUCCUGUGCUCGCGCGGUGUAUCGCUCCAUACUCCACCUUUUACACCUCUUUGCAAAAUGAGAGAGGGCGCUACCCUCAACUGUUCCUCUACUCAAAAGCUGACAGUAUAGUGGAUUUCAAAGACAUCGAACGAUUUGCAGAGCUGCGUAAGAAAAUGGGUGUCCCUGUCCGAAAAGUCUGCUGGGAAGACUCUGCACAUUGUUGCCACCUUGUGAGCCACCGAGAAGAGUACAUAAACCAAUGCGUCCAAUUCAUCAAUGACUGCUUGAAAAUGAACUAAAGCAGACACUGUAAAACAUUAGGAAAGAGUUCCUUUUGUACCUACACCCCUAAAUCUACCUCUACCCACAGCACUUACCAAUUUAAUUGUAUAUGCUCCUCCUAGGAACACUUAUAGUUAUCUAUAAUGGGCAUUUCCAAUUGAAUGGGGGGGGGGGCACUUCGGGUGAGCCGGAGGGGUGUGUGAGUGUUUUCCUCUUUUAAAUAUACAUGUAGCUGCUUGGUUAUAAUGUAAUGUACACAGUACUGUUUGACUGCCCCAAAUAAUGGUAUAGAUCAAUGACAGAAGUUGAAAAUGAAUAUCAGUGUUCUUCCCAGGUACAAAAAAAAUAUAAAUAUUCAAGUAUAACUAAUUUGCGAUAUGUAUUUUGUUACAAUAGUAAUAAUUAACAUAUCUUCCAUUGUUCCUUGAAAGUUCAUAAAUGGCAAAACUGCAUUGCUUGGGCAGAACACUUAGUUACCAUACGACUUGUUAUUUUGCUGAAAUUGUUUGACCAAAUGCUACUUCUGAACUUCUAAAUCCAUGCAAACACAACUGAUAAAGCAGUAAAAACAUUUUGUCUAUGUAUUCAUUAAAAUGAAAAAAUUUAAAUUCCUAUGCAGAAUAUGCACUGUUAACAGCACUCAAGUUGCCGUCCUCCUGAAAUUUAUUGACAGAACAGUUUUUUUAUACAGAAGUACAAAAUUAUUAAUUUUUUUUUAAAAAGAAACUCAUAUUUUCAAAAUUUGAUAUCAGAAUUAUGAUCAUUUGUGUAGUUGUGAAUCUAUGUAAUAAUUGCAGCAAACAAUACUUUCGUGCUGUGUCAAGUUUUUAUGUUCCAUUCAAAAUAUAAUACUGUCAUGUUUUUAGCUAAAAUCUGGACAUUAUAGAAACAUUGAAUUAUUUACAAAUUUGUAUAAAAAAUAGCUAAAAUUGAAUGAUCAAAGUCUAAAUAGAGUACCGGUAGUUGAUUAUCAAUCUAUCUUACUGAAUUACAGUGAACAUGCGUUGCUUGCUUUGGACCUAUAUGCUAGCUAUGUACUGGUUUGUUUGCAGAGGCU